AUGGGCGGAAGGGGCGGGCUACGACCGCAGCGGAUGAAAAACGGGCCAGACGGGGGGAGCGCGUCAUUGCGCAUGCCCCCGCGGCCCCCCGGCGCGAACCCCGCGCCGUAUGCGGGGCCGAACCCCCCCGUCGACAGCCCGAUGGCCCGCCAGCAACACCGGCGAGGCGCGUCGUUCGACUCGCGCGUGGUUACGGAGUCGUUGAGUGGCCCGCCCGCAUUUCCCUCCCCCCCCUCCUCCUCCUCGUCAGGCGCGGUGACGUCAGGGGGUUCUGCUUCCGCGCAUGUGCUUUCGCAGUCGCGCUCGGCGAAUCUGUCCCGCACGCCGGUCUCCGGUGGUGCGCCGACCAGGGAUCCGCGCGCCUCAGCAGGAAGCAGCGGCCUUGCGGGGAACGCGGGACGCGCCGGCGGUGGCGAUGGUAACGUCGCGGUUAGCAGCGGUGCUAAUAGUGCUGGAAGCGGUGCUGCUUUUAACGCAAUUACGGGAGGCGGAGGCGGCACGAGGGGUCCGACGGGGUCGCAGGCUGGGUCGCAGGCUAGGUCGCAUUUGUCACAGGCAGGGUCGCAAGCUGGGUCGCGGCCGUGGCACCGCCGGUCGCUGUCGACGCCCGUAGAAGAUUUCGCGCCGCAAGUCGCCUCCCCCACCGCCAGGCCGUUGCCGUUUGGCAGAGGGGGAGCAGGGAGGGCAGGGGGGUCCGAGGGGGCAGGGGGGUUGGGGGGGUUAGGGGGGGUCGGGCGAGUAGGGGGAGGACCAGGAGCAGCGAUAUCCGCUCGCUCUCCGCCCCAGGCUCCAAGUUCCGGUAUGGGCGUGAGCAUGGGCAUGGGCAGCGGCAGAUUAGAUGCGCGGGUAGCAGCAGGAGCAAGGGGGGAAGCUCGCGGCAACAGCAACGCCAGCUUCAGCGGCAGUGGCGAUGAAGAGGACGAGGACGAGGACGAUGAUAGCAAUGAGCCGGUGGCAGUUCCAGCGAGGGCUGAUGACGCGGAAGGUGGGCAGGCGGAGUGGGGUUCCGCCUCUGGCGCGCAGGGCGGUGGGGGAAUGCCAGGGGGGAUGGGCGGAGGCAGGGGCGCGGCAGGGGGGAGAGUGCUCGGGGGAGCAGCGGGGAAAUCGCGGUUUUUAAGCGUGCAGGAGACGAGACGAGGGGAGAGUGCGCUUAGCAGGUUGGGAGGGGGCAUUGGAGGGAGCGUGAGGGAAGUGCGUGACUAUAAUGAAGGGUCGGAAUGGAUGGGCGGGGAGUUGAGACGGCCUGCUGUGGCGCCAGUGCAAGGGAGUGGGGUGCGGAACGGCGAGGGGCGCGGGGGCAGGGCGGAGGAGUAUGAAAUAGAGGGCGGCGGCAGCGGUCGUGGUAGUAUGAGCGGCGCUGAUGGCGAUGAUUUUGAUGAUGAUGAUGGGAUGAGAGACAUGGUAGACGCGUUGUAUGAAGACCUGGAUAGGUUGAGACGGGGGGCAGGUGGUGGGAGGGGGAAUGGGAGCGAGAGCGAGGAGGACGCAGAGGAGGGGGAGGGGGGGGGAGAAGACGGGGAGAGGGGGCGGGGGUGGGAGCGCAGGAGAGGAGGGGGCAGCAGGGACGCGAGUCCUGGGAGCUCUCGGUCGCGAGGCAGUGAGAGUGGCAGUGGGAGUGAUGGCGAGCACAGCAGAGUGAGCUUCAGUGGGAGCGAGGAGAGCGAGAGAGAGAGGCGGAAUAGCAAUGGCAAUGGCGUGCACAGGGAAGGGCCAGUGCCUGUGGCAACGGCAGCAAGAGGAGCAGGGGGAGGGAGAGGCGGAGGGGCGGCAGGAGGAAUGGGAAUGGGCAACAGUGGGCGGGGAGGAGGCAUGGGCAGGGGGGUGGGAGGAGGGAGAUCAGGUGGGAGCGGAAUUGCAGCAGCAGGUAUGGGUGGGGCGCCGAACCUGGGUGGUAGGGGCGGGAGAGGUCCGGGCGUGGUUCGUGGCGUGGCCGGUGGCAUGGCACGGGGCGGCAUGGGCGGCAGAGGGGCCAUGGGCGGGCGGCACAGGCGAACGAGCUCGGAGUCGCAGGCAGCAGCAGCGUUCUACAGCGCACCAGGAGAUGACUUCUUCUGGAGCGGUGGGGGUGACACUGGUGCGUCCCCUGUGAGGCAGGGCGGGCAGCGGGCACUGGGGAAGCCGGGGCAGGGGCAAGGGCAGCAACGGCAGGAGGGCGUGGGGACAGGAAGGAGUUUGCAGAGAGUUGGGGGAGAGGGAGGGAGGGGCGGAGUUGACGUGGGGAGGGGGAGGAUGCAGGGUGCAGGUGGGCGUGGUGGCGCUGCUGGCGCUGGUUCCAGUGGGAGGGGUGCGGUUGGGCCAGGUGGGAGAGGGCAGGGGGGGGUGGGGAGAGGUGCAGGGGGUGUUGGCAGGGGUGGUGGCAGCUCUGUUAGAGCCCAGCAGCAGCAGCGACAGCAGCAGGGGCAGCCGGAGCAAGAGCAAGAGCAGGGGCAGUGGGGGGAGCAGGCAGAGGAGUGUGAGCCGCCGGAGCUGCAGAGGGAGCUGACGUUCCGAGUGAACCUGGAGGAGCCGGUGGUUGAGAAAGAACCCGCGCUGGAGCGCGAACUCACCUUCCGCAUGGGCGCCAGUUGA